GCCGCCAUAUUUAUAAGUUAACCUACAAAUUAGGUAACUUGGUAAUCAAAAAUAUGUUUGAUCGAUAAUACAGUAACCUUUAUUAAAGAAAAUCUUAUUUUAUAAAAGUACGAAAUACACGAGUGAAAUUAUAAUUAUAAUCGACAAGAGAAAAAAAAAAAAAAAAAAAGAAAAAAAAAAUAUGUCAGCACAUCGAAAAGAAAAUUUGGAUUUCGUCGAACGAGCCGACAUUCCUAGAAAUUUUCUCGAAGGCGUUAAAGAAUUGUAUUUCUCCAAACAAGAGGAACAGGAUAUCAAAAAAUAUCCGGAAUGGGACGUUCCGAGAAUUUCACCGGCAUUCGAAUUAAUAAAAACAUUUCGCGAUUUGAAUAUUUCUGAAAAUAAAUUACGUGAAAAAUGGAACGAACAAGAAAUCGAAAGAAAGGAAAUGGACGCCCAAUGGAAGGAAUUACGUGAACAGGAAUUAAUUUUUCGAGAAUCGUUCAUUAAAUAUAAUAAUUUUGUUAAAGAGAAUCAAGAAAAACGGCAACGCUCGAAACAAAAAAUUCUAGGAGAGCAGGAAAGACAAAAGCAAUAUGAGACAGAUAUUCAAGAUUUACAAGAGACAUUGAAUUAUAUGAAAGGAAUUCGUGAGAAGAUGGAAAAAUAUGUUGGAAAAUAUAAAAAGUAUCAAGAUUAUUUAGAAAGAGUUAUCAGCGAGACAAAACAAUUUAGAUCGAUAAUAGAAAUUUUUGAACGUUAUGAAAAUUUGAUCGAAGUUAAAAAAUCAUUAUCGGAACAACAAGAGAAAAAUAUUGAAUUAUUGGAGGAGACCGAAGCAGAGAUAUAUCGCAUGACGGAAGCCAAGUCGCAGACAUUAAUCAGAUUAAAUAACAAAUUGUCAACGCUUCAAGGAAGAUACGAGAAAGCGAAGGUCGAAGUAUUGAAAUGGGAAAUUUUAAUCACUAAAAUAAAAGAGGCAGCCAUAGGGAAAUAUUUAGAAUUGGCAAGAGUUAAAGACUGUAGUAAAAAUAUUUAUCAUCAGAUAUGUAAAAGAAAGGAAAGAUUACCUACAUUAGAUGACAAUGAUAUUGAAAAUCAAUUGCUCGAAAUCAAACGUACUAUAUUAGAAUUAAGACGUAUUAUAUAUACGAUUAAAAAAGAGACAAAGAAAUGACGUUACAAUUGAGAUAUAUAUAUAUAUAUAUAUAUUUUAAUUAUUAAUAAAUUUACAUACUCCACGU